GAUGGAGGCCAAUGGGGUUAGUGAUCCUCUCCCCUCUCUGCACAGUCUUCCUUGCUCUCUCGCUCCUCACAUUUUAUGUUACAAGAGGGCUUCAAUCGGCAGCACAAGACUUUUAGAUCUGCGGAUUCAACCUUUUCUUGUCAGGAUCACUGGACUUUAGAAUUUGGUAAUUGAAUUUUCCCCUCUGAUUUUUUCUUCCUCCUGUGACCUUUUCAUUGGUGUCUUGUAAAAUGGCUCUGGGAGUGCUAAAACCACCAGUGAAAAGUUCACUGACUGAGAAUAACUUUUGUGACAACAGUUCAACAGAGGAAAAGGAGCCUCAACUUAAAAGUUAUCUUAUUUUAACUAUGCUUACCUGCUUUUGUCCUGCAUAUCCUGUCAACAUUAUUGCUCUGGUCUACUCUAUCAUGUCUAGAAACAGCUAUUACAAUGGUGACUAUGAUGGCUCAAGACGGUUGGGCAAGAAUGCUCUUUAUGUCGCCGUUGCUUCCAUCAUCAUAGGCCUACUCGUCAUCACUAUCAUCUGUACUGUGCAUUUCACCACUAUGAAUCAUUGGGUCUGAGGGUGUGAGGGAAAGGGACUUUUGGAACACUUGAACAGGGAAAACAAAACUGCUGAUUGUAAGAUGGCCUGAAAGAAGGUUGAAAAGAAUUGGGAGGGACUACAUUCAUGUUUAAUUGUGACAUCUCAUCCUGUUGGUCCCCCCCAUGUAGCCAAAGACUUUUAGAUUUUUAAAUUGAUCACACUACCUGAUAAUUGAUAAUACUAGUAAGAUGAGCAAGGAAGCUUCUAAGAGAAGGCAAGAGAGUCCACAAAUCCGUGUUUCACUGCUUUUAUUGUGGCCAGAUAUUGCGAAGACAUUGCCUUGAGUAUCUCAUCCACAAGAUGUCUGUCAACUACUGUACAAAGGUCUUUUAUUGGCUGUAUAGUAUCAUAUUCUUAAAUGUAUAUGCACUAUAUUAUAAUGUAUGUUCUGAAAAUGUGCAAAAAAACCAAAAACAAAAUAAAGUUUUACAGUA